AUGUCCUACUACAGGUACCAGUACAAGCAGCAGCGUUACAUCCCGCCUGGAAUGAAGUGCCCCCCGCCCGUGUUCCCCCAGCAGUGCCACCCCCCCGGGGUGGUGAAGUGUGUGCAGUGCCCGGGGUGUGCCCCCACGGCUGCCAAGGUGUGCAGCGUGAGGAAGACCCUGCAGAGCCCUCGCUGCUCCUCGGGCUGUGUGGAGACACACGUGGUGGAAGGUCACUCCUGCUCCUCCUCCUCCUGCUGCUGCAGCCCCAGGAGCCUCAACCCCUGCACUGUGACCUUCCCUCAGCCCCAGGGGACGGGCAGGGAGCAGCUCUGCCUGUCCCAGUGUGGGCAGGUGGGCGUGAAGAGGUGCCCUCACGUGUGUGCCCCCACUCCUCAGGUGUGCACCCCAGCUCCCCUGUGCCAACACAGCUCCUACCCUUACUCGUACCAGUGGUCCAACAGCUACCAGUACAACUGUGGGCAGCAAUAA